GAAGAAAACAUGGAAAAGGAAAACGCCGCGUGAACCGGAAGUCGGGGUCGGCGGGCCCGCCGCACAUGCGCAGAUAACUCUUCGGAAGGUCGGUAACCGGACACAAGAUGGCGGAGCUGGGUGAGGCGGACGAAGCCGAGUUGCAACGCCUGGUGGCGGCCGAACAGCAGAAAGCGCAGUUUACUGCACAGGUGCAUCACUUCAUGGAGCUAUGUUGGGAUAAAUGUGUGGAGAAGCCAGGGAAUCGCUUAGACUCUCGCACUGAAAAUUGUCUGUCUAGCUGUGUGGACCGCUUCAUUGACACUACUCUUGCUAUCACCAGUCGGUUUGCCCAGAUUGUACAGAAAGGAGGGCAGUAAGCCAUCCCCUGGAAGAAUGACACAAGCAGCAAAGGACUUAUUAAGCAGACUGAAGGGCCAGUGGGGGAAGGUUGUCAGCCCUCUGUUAGGUUAACUUCAGGCUGUUACCAAGCCUGUUGGUGCUAAAAAGUAACAGAUCAAAUGUUCAAAGUGAAAUUUAUUUAUUGGGAAUUCAGAAACUCCAUCUUGUAUCACAACAAUAUAUUCAAUAAAUGUGAAUUCUCCAACUCUC